UAUAAAUAUGCUUAGAGAGCUGCUCCUCAUCUUUGUGUGUGGUAGUAGUAAACAAGCACCGAUGGCUGGUGAAUCAUGGAAGGUGCCAACUCCAGUGAAAGACCUGGCCGCCCUCGUGGAGGAGCCACCGAGCCAGUUCGUGCAGCGGGAGGAGGACCGCCCUGGAAGCCUAAUGCUCGCAGCUGACAUGCCGGAUCCCCUCCCUAUCGUCGACCUCGACAAGAUGUCAACCGCCGACGAGGCCACCAAGCUCCGCUCAGCGCUACAAACCUGGGGGCUUUUCUUGGCUACCAACCAUGGCAUAGAUGUGUCUCUAAUGGAGGAUCUGAUGAAGGCGUCACGAGAGUUUUUCAACCAGCCGCUCCAGGAGAGGCAGAAAUACAGCAACCUGAGGGAAGGCACGCGCUUCCAGCUAGAAGGGUAUGGCAGUGAUCCGGUGAUAGCACAAGAUCAUAUCCUUGACUGGAGCGAUCGCUUGCAGCUAAAGGUGGAGCCUGAAGAUGAAAGAAACCUUGCUCAAUGGCCCAAGCAUCCUGAAUCCUUCAGGGAUCUUCUGCACGAGUAUGCAACAAAAACCAAGACUGUAAUGGUAAAGAUAUUGCGAGCGAUGGCCAAGACCUUGGAGCUUGAUGAAGAAGAUUUCAUUGAUCAGAUUGGUGGUCGUCCUCAAGCUUAUGCCAGAUUCAACUACUAUCCUCCUUGUCCAAGGCCGGAGCUUGUCUUAGGUAUCAAGGCUCACUCUGAUGGCCCUCUUCUCACGGUUCUUCUGGUCGAUCGUGAGGUCGGCGGACUGCAAAUUCAGAGAGAGAACAAGUGGUUCAAUGUUCCAUCCAUUCCUCACGCUCUGGUGAUUAACCUGGGAGACUCGUUGGAGAUAAUGAGCAAUGGGAUAUUCAAAAGCCCAGUGCACAGGGUUGUGACGAAUGCAGAGAAGGAGAGGAUCUCACUGGCCAUGCUCUAUGCGGUGCAACGUGACAAUGUGCUUGAGCCGGCGCCCGGUUUACUGGAUGAGAAGCGACCGGCAAAGUACAGGAGGAUUACAGAGGCACACUUCUUGGAGGGGGUCAAAGAACACUUUUCAAAAGGAAUGAGAAUGAUUGAGACUUUGAAGAUCUAAACCUUGUAUGUUUGUUUUAAACAAUGUCAGUGAUCAGUGAGUGCGUGCCUCUAUGGAGAAUAAAAACAGUUUGUUCUUUGUA